UUUUCGGACACCUAGUACUUUAAAGAUGACACAUAAGAUCAAUAGAUUUCUUUGUCUGACUUUUUCUUUGCACCCCAUCGUUUAAUGAUUUACUUUACCCAUUGGCUACAAGUUAAACUGUUGCUGUUGAUUCUUGUUAGUCAUUUCUUUUUAGUUUAAUGUUCAAAGUUCUUUUUUAAUUUCAAGUUUCUUUGUUUGGAUUGUUGAUGAGUAAAUCAUUCUGUUUGUGCGCCAUGUUGUUGUUUCCUGAAAGAAACAAAUUGUUUACAGCAAGAAAAGCUACUUGUAUUUGAGUCGUCAGUUUAUUUGCCUUUACUCUUGUUCAUCAUCUCUUACCCAUCAUUCAUUGAAACAUCAGUUUGGGCGAGUAAUUAGCUAAUCAUCAUCAACAACAUCAUUAUAAUAUAUUGUUCAUCGUGAAGCAUCAGAAGGUGGUAAUAAGACAGGAGGAGGAUGAUUGAGGCGAAGAAGGAACGGAAGAAACUCAAGAUGUAAGUGGCUGGUUCAAGCACCUCAGCUAACACACACUUGGUAACUCAUAAAGCAUUAUAUAAAACCUGGUACUCUGGUUAAUUAUUUGAUCGCCCAAUAAUAAUAACUAUUCAAUUUCACCAUUGCUACAAACUUAAACAAUUUACCCAUUCGGCCCAUGGAGACACGUGAAUCUAAUUUUCAAGCUGAACGAUUGACAAAUUUAAUGAGAAAAUGAUGAUUCUAUUGUAACAUGGCUUUCAUCCUAAUACGAUCACAAUUGGAUAAACCUUGGAUUCUCAAAUAUUUAACUUCAUGGUAAAUGAAGAGGAAAAAAUUCAUUAAAAAGUCUACUGUUUUGACUCCAAUAGUUGAUUUACCAAGUGGUCCAGUCCAGGGUGUAGUCACUGAAUAUGAAGGAACUCCUGUUUACAAAUUUCUUGGCAUCCCAUACGCGAAACCACCAAUUGAUACGCUACGACUGCAGCCACCAGAAGCUUUAGAUCCGUGGACUGAGGUUAAAUUAGCGACUGAAUUCGGUCCAGCGUGUCAACAAACUUUUCACAGGAUUGCACCUGAAGAUGUCAGUGAGGACUGUCUUUAUCUCAAUAUUUAUGUCUCUGAGCCCACCUUCAAUUCCUCUAAGACAACAUUGAGACCAGUGCUUUUCUGGAUUCAUGGAGGUGCCUUUAAAAUCGGUGCUGGAAAUCUUAUGAACGAUGAAAGUCCGUUGGUUCCAUUACAUAAUGUUAUCCUUGUUUCCAUAAACUAUCGUCUCAAUUCAUUUGGCUUUAUGUAUUUUGGACAUGAUGAGCCUCGGAUUCCGCAGAACAUUGGUUUAAAAGAUCAACUGUUUGCUUUGAAAUGGGUUCAUGAAAACAUUAUCAAGUUUGGAGGUGAUCCGGAUUUGAUAACAAUUUUCGGUGAAUCAGCGGGAGGAAUGUCAGUUUCUGCUCUUUUAUUAUCUCCACUAACAAAAGGACUAUUUAAACGAGCCAUCAUCGAAUCUGGUACCGUUUAUACUCAGUGUGGAGAUAGAAACCGUCUCAUCGAAGCUUCAUGGGAGCUUUACAAUAAAACUUCCUGUGCAACUCAGCAAAAAGAUAUUCUUACCUGUAUGCAAAGUUUGAAGCCAUCUGAAUUGUUGGAAAACCAGAAUAAGGAUACAAUGUCAUUUUUGUAUGCUCCUGGAGACGAUUUAUUACCCAAUGAGCCAUGCGAAGCUAUAGCUGAAGGACUUUACGAUAGCACACCUGAACUUAUUGUGGGUGUUGAAAAAAACGAAGCUAGUUUGUUCAUGACGAUUCUCGACAAAAAACAUUUCAAUAUAUUGGAUACAGAACCACUAACAUAUGAAGAUGCCUUAAGAAUACUAUCUUUAAUUUUCGAUGAUCAAUCGGUGGACCAUGCUCGUGAACUUUACUUUGGUGCCGAAACUAACAAUUCAGAUUAUUUUAGAGAUCAAUUGGAAAAAGCAUACAGUGACGUUUUAUUUGUUUGUCCAACUUAUAUCUACGGUCAUCAGUAUGCUACAACUAAAGAUAAUAGUGGUAAAGUGUAUGCAUAUUAUCACACUCAAAGGCCCAGUUCGUUUAUGCCCGUAGGUGAAUGGAUGGGUACUCAUCAUGCUGCUGAGCUGCCCUUUGUUUUUGGCCAUCCUUUCAUCAAUUCCGGUUACACAGAAAAAGAUGUUUCAUUGAGUCGUGAAAUGAUGAAAAUUUGGGCUCAUUUUGCUGAAAAAGGUGAGCCUCCGCAAAUUGGUGAAACUCGAUGGGCACCAUUACAAGAAGAUUCAUCAGCCAUGAUACUGAACAUUGAUGACUGGGGGAAAACUGAUUCUGAAAGGAUUCAAUUUUGUCUCAAGCACUGGCCAUUUAUUUUACAACAUCGGAUGAAAUCUUUCUAAACCCAUUCUUUUCGAGCAAACAGAUUCAAUAAAAUCUGCUAAAUCUUUAUAGCUUGAGCAUUUAAAAUACACAAUCUAAUUUAAUUUACAAUUUAUGAACUGAUUAAAUAGACUAGGUAUGCAAAA